GGCAGCAACCCCCGACGGGGAGCCGGAGCGGGGCCGGAGGCGGGCGGAGCUCAGCGCAGCGCCCACGGGCCGCCCCCCGCCCCCGAGCUCGGCGCGGACACACGGGCCGGUCCCGGCCGGGCGGAGCGGAGCCCCCGGCCCCGGAGCGGGGGAGCCGCGGAGCCGGCGGAGGAGGAUGCCCGGCACCCCCUGACCCCUGCCUCGAUGUUUGCUAGCCACCCAUCCAAUGCCACCCCCAUGGGGCCGGGGAACCCAGUCACACCUCCCCUGGCCCUGGGCAACAUAUCGCUGCAGCCACUGCCCCCGCCGGCAGCCUCACCUACCCUGCCAGUCUUCUCCAUGACCCUAGGUGUCGCCUCCAAUCUGCUGGCCCUGGCCAUCCUGGUGCAGGCCUACACCCAUCUGCGGCGCCGUUCCAAGGCCAUUUUCCUCCUCUUCGCCAGCAGCCUAGUGUUGACGGACCUGGCCGGGCAUGUGGUGCCUGGUGCCUUCGUGCUGCGGCUUUACGCCACACGCCAGGGCUGGGCCAGCCUGGACCCCUCAGGGGGGCUGUGCCAGUUCUUCGGUGCUGCCAUGGUCUUCUUUGGCCUGUGCCCGCUCUUCCUGGGCUGCCUCAUGGCAGCUGAGAGAUGUGUGGGGGUCACGCGGCCCCUGCUCCAUGCCCACCUGGUCACAGCUGGCCGGGCCCGCCUGGCCCUCCUGAGCCUGUGGGCCUCAGCACUGGGCAUCGCCCUGCUGCCCUUCGUCAUGGGCCUGGGCGCCUACGGCAUCCAGGAGCCAGGCACCUGGUGCUUCCUGCGGGUGGGCAGUAUCACCGGGGGGCAUCAGGGCGAUGUGGCCUUUGCCUUGCUCUUUGCCAUGCUGGGCCUGGCUUCACUGUUGGCCGCCCUGAUCUGCAACAGCUUAAGUGGUGCUGUGCUGCUGCGGGGCCGGGGCCGGCGGCGGGUGCAGCGCCGGGCGCAGGGCCACGACGUGGAGAUGGUGGCCCAGCUGAUGGGCAUCAUGGUGGUGUCCUGCGUCUGCUGGAGCCCCCUGCUGGUGGUGGUGGCGUUGACGGCGGGGCUGGGCUGGCCGGAGACCCCUGGGCGCCUGCUGUUCCUGGGUGUGCGCCUGGCGUCCUGGAACCAGAUCCUGGACCCCUGGGUCUACAUCCUGCUGCGGCGCGCAGUGCUACGCAAGCUGGGCCGGCUCCUGUGUCCGGGCCACAAAGGCACCACUCUGGACCGCUGGGAGCCCAGCUCCUUCCGCAGCUCGGAGCGCAGCACCCAUGGCCGGUCCUGAUGCCCCCGGAACCACCCAGCACCCCCCUGGGCCAGCCUGGACCCCCCAGGACCCCCUUCUUGGGCUGGCCUUGACCACAGAGCCCCCCCCAAGGACAGCUUGGACCCACCUCAAGACCCCCCAGACUGGCUUAGAGCCCCCAGCCCCCCCUCCAGUACAGACCUGAGCCCCGGGCCAGACAGCCCCCCUCAUGUACUCCUCCCCGUAUUGAUGAGCCAGCCCUAUGCUCCCAGCCCAAGUCCCUUCUUGGACGGCUGAUGGGGGGGCAUGCUGAAGCUGCAUGGGCUGGGGCAAAGGUGCAUGUAGCAGGGGGGUCUCCAGUCCACCCCUACCAGCUGGGGUGCUGGGCCAUAGCUGAGAUCUUGCGCCCGCUGUUGAUGUUGGUGACAGGGAAUGGCAGGGGGCACAAUGGAGGUACCUGACUGGGGUGACAGGUGUACAGGUGGGGAAACUGAGGCAUGGGGGGGGCAGAUCACAUGAGGCUUUGGUACACCCCUGUCCUAGAACUCCCUCCUCCCACCCCACACAGCUCAGCCUGCCACCUCUGCCAGCCCCACACCAGAGGCAGCUACAGCUCAGAGCUGGGUAAGGGGAGUCCCUGUUACACCUAGCUGUCACAUCCCAUCCCAAAAGUAGCCACAUCUCAGUGCUAGUCCCUGUAUAAACUACCCAGGGAGUACUCCUGGCCAUGGGGGGGCAGGGGGUGGAGGUAGGUUCCUAGGUGUCCAAUCUGGCCCCCACCCUCCCUCAAUGGCUGUGGCUUGCCCAGCCCAGCCUGCGGGCAGCGCUGGGCCCCAUGGACAAUAAAGAGCUUUUCUGGAA